AUGACGAAGGUGUACGGAACUGGAGUCUACGAUUUCAAGCGACACCGAGUCGCUGAGUAUCCUGUCGACGUAGUUCCUCAGCGGCAAUUGCCCAUCUCGGACAAGCCUCCGGAGUCCAAACCCGGUUCGAAUUUGCCAAGUUCGAUAACUUUAAGUGAAAUUCAGAGGGACAGGUUGACGAAGAUUGCGGAGGCAAAUUGGGUGAAGACGGGCGGCGAUUCCGGACCGAAGAAGCCGUUUAGUCACCAACUGGUGAAGGAAAUAUAUGAGACGGAGUUGGUGGUGAAAGGAGGGCGGAAACCAGUGCCAUUGCAGAGGGUGAUGAUACUGGAGGUGAGUCAGUACUUGGAGAAUUACCUAUGGCCCAAUUUUGAUCCGGAGGCUGCAACUUUUGAGCAUGUUAUGUCGAUGAUACUCAUGGUCAAUGAGAAGUUUCGAGAGAAUGUGGCUGCAUGGAUAUGCUUUUAUGACAGGAAAGAUAUGUUCAAGGCAUUUCUCGAGAGAGUUCUUUGCCUCAAGGAGCAUCCUAUUCCUACCAGUUUGGCUCAGGCCCAGCAGCUCCCUACUAGUCUGGUUCAGGCUUAUUCUGAGUUCUUCAGACUGAUUUGGUGCUUUUCUCCUCUCAUUUCAGUUUCUCUGUGUUGCUGCAAUCAAGCAGCUAGGGACAUUGUUUAUUUUCCUGGGGAGAUUCUCAUUCAGUCUUCUGUUAUUUCAGCAGCAUUGGAAGCUUACUUGACUAUUGAUAUCCAAACCGGAGGGGAAAAUCCCCACUAA